AGGAAUCGUGGUAGGUCGGAUCGUGGAUGGGGUUAGAGUUAGAUGAGCGGCGUCCGGUGAUCCCGACGGGGUGACGUCGUGCGGGCGGCCGUACCUGAUCCUCUCUCUCUCAUCUCGUUGACGGCGGCGGCGGCAACAUCCCCUGGUUGGUGGUUUCAUCCUGGAAGCCCCGACUUCCGGGAGAGAGGGAUAGAGAGGAGCGAGCGAACACGUCUCCCUUCGCUUCUCGGCCUCUCCCUAGCUCACCGCUUCCCAGGAGUCACCGAUGGCUGCCGCCUCCAAGCUCCAGGCUCUCUGGAACCACCCUGCUGGGCCCAAAACCAUUCACUUCUGGGCACCAACUUUUAAGUGGGGCAUUAGUAUAGCUAAUAUUGCGGACUUCUCAAAGCCACCUGAAAAUAUUUCCUAUCCCCAGCAAGUAGCUGUUGCAUGUACUGGCCUCAUCUGGUCCCGCUACAGCACAGUUAUAAAACCGAAAAAUUGGAACCUAUUUAGUGUGAAUGUUGCCAUGGCAGGGACUGGCCUUUAUCAGCUUUCUCGGAAAAUUCGCCAAGAUUACUUUUCUGAAAAGGAGGAGGCCCUUAUCGAGGAGUAGAAGUGGUGUUCCCUUGGUGUUGAGCCCAUGGUACAUGAAAAUCUUACACGUAUGAAAUUUUAAGAUGUGAAGGACAUCGUGUCAAGCCUUUUUCUGACGCUGAUGUUUCUUAGAAUCAGAUGUUUGUAUAUGCUUGUCACGGCGGAGACUUUUGAUUUGUUCUUUGAAUUUUAAUUGCUAAUAAUCACGGAAGGCAAUGGAAGGUUUGAAGCUUUCCAUAGUGCCAUGGUAAUUGAAAAUUAUGCUUCGUGUCA